AUGCUAGCGAGGGUAAUAGCAUAUAAUGCGGCAAGGCGAUGGGAACGUAAAAUAGUUCAGUUCAAUUUUACUCGAUGUCUCGGUGAGUACGAAAGACAAGACCCGAAAUCUGAAGAAGAUGUUGUUAAUAUUUCUUUUGUACUUCGUGAUGGUACAGUAAAAAAAGUUCGGGGUAAAGUCGGCGACAAUUUACUGUUCCUCGCCCAUCGGUAUGGAAUAGAACUUGAAGGAGCAUGUGAGGCAUCUCUGGCUUGUUCAACUUGCCAUGUUUAUGUAAAUGAUGAUCAUUUGAAGAAACUUCCCGAACCGAAAGAAGAAGAAGAGGAUAUGCUUGAUUUGGCUCCGGUCUUAAAACCAAAUUCAAGACUUUCGUGUCAGAUUAUUCUGGCUAAGGAGCUUGACGGAAUGGUGCUUACUUUGCCAAAAAUAACUCGGAACUUUUAUGUUGAUGAUUAUACUCCUAAACCUCAUUGA